AUGGAAUCAUCAGCCGAUGAUCGGGAGGAUUUACAAGCAUCGCAAACAUCCAAUGCAUCCUUCUCCUCCACAUCUUCAAUCUCCUGGCCUCUUGGGCGUCCUCCUUCAAACGGAAGCGUAAACACAAGGUCAGCCCAAGGCACGGAGUCGGCUACACCUGCGGACUCACGCGACUUUAUUUCACCAUUCACCCAUGCAUCUAAUGGCGGCGCACCCGUCUCCGGUCUUGCCAACCGAGGCCACAGCAGUGCUUCAAACUCUUUACCUGGCUCCGGAGCAGCAACCCCAUCGUCUUAUCCUGUCCGCUUCGGCCCUUACUUGCACCGGGACAAUCUGCCCGGCGAGCCCAAGUCUCUCUCCGGCAUCGCCACGCGAGCCUUCUGUCUAGGCAUCUCACUAGGAUUUUCAACGCUUCUAACGCUGAUUCUCGCACGGCAAGGCAGCCCGCUCUGGCGUGCUCCAUUUUUCCUCUUGACGCUUUCACUCUUUCAUUUUCUCGAGUUCUGGACAACCGCGCGGUAUAAUACACCGCAAGCGAAUGUUUCUGCGUUUUUGCUCAGUUCCAAUGGAACAGCAUAUAAUGUUGCGCACACCGCGGCUCUGGUGGAGUGUUUGGUGCAUUAUUUAAUCUUUUCUUCGGAAUCAGGAUCUAGAUCGGGCUCUUUCUCAGCAAGCAGCUUUAUUUCCUUAAGCACGAUCUUGCUAGUCAUGGGCUUUUCCAUGAUCAUCGUCGGACAGGUAGCCCGCUCAGUCGCAAUGGUCCAUGCCGGGACCAACUUUAACCACACCGUCCAGACACGCCGCAAUGCUGGCCACGAACUUGUGACGUCAGGAAUCUAUGCCCAUCUGCGACACCCGUCGUAUUUUGGGUUCUUCUGGUGGGGUCUAGGGACGCAGUUAGUUCUGGGAAACGUUAUCUGUUUGGUAGGGUAUGCGGUAGUCUUGUGGAGGUUUUUUAGUCGAAGAAUUGACCGCGAAGAAGAACUUCUUGUGUCCUUUUUCGGCAGGGAGUAUCUUGAUUACCAUGAGCGAACAAGAGUUGGCAUUCCAUUUGUCCGAUGA